AUGUCUUCACUCAGUUCGCUUUGCACAUCAUGUUCUUUGAGUAACAAGGCCGUUUUUAAGCAACAAACUCCACGCAAUAUAGCCCUCAGCUAUCUCGCUUGUGUUACCGAAGUGGCCACUAUUUCAGCUUUCGAAUCCCCAUUUUCAAUGGUCGUUAUGGGGACCUUCAUAAGGUAUCAGAUGCAUACUCAUAAUCUGACAGAUCCUGUUUUUCAGAUUUAUUUUCUAAGUGUGCUUCAUCUGCAGUUAUUCGUUUCUUUCUUUCCAAUCCAGAACGACAACCCCUCAAAAAUGAACUCUGUGAUGCAUCGUUUGCUCGAAGUGACAGUCCGCAAAUGGGUAUCAGAUCUGCUGACUGGGUUGAACACUCAUCUUCGAAUGAUAACACAGUUGCACAAGUGGAAUUGAAGCAGGAAUCUAAGUGACAAGUUUCCUCAUAAUGUGGCGAUGGUCUGCAAUACAUGAAAUGUGCUUGGAAAGCUGUUCAUCCCUGGUUUGGUUUCCUAUUGUGAAAGGACACAGACGGCAAUGCGACGUUCAAGUGCACAUCAUUCUAUCUGAACACAUUGGCGGACGAAAGAUAAUGGACCAACUGAACAUACUUACAUUCCUUUGCAGUGGAAUACAUCCUCACUUUGCAUUUGUCUCUCAUACCAGAAACUUUUUGUUAUUACUUUUGAUGCAUUUAUAUAUUUGUGAC